AUGUCCGACACGAUGACGAGGCAGGACAUCCACGGCGGGCCUGGGGUGGCGGUUCUGUCGCAGCGGACGUUGGUGGGGGAGCUCUUAAUGAAAGUCCCAAAAACACCCCUUCGAGAUGUCUCGCAAGGGGGUAGAGGAUGUCAUGAAGACUCGUCAGAUAAGAAUAGACGUACCGAUAUCAGCAGCAAUACCUCCAAGCCCCCUGGCAACCACGCACGUCUGAAACAGCGUAUAAGCCGCCUGAACCAUCUGCGUCGAACUCGCGUGGCCGGUCGCCGCCGCUAUCAGCAGCAGCGGCUGCACGAAGCAACGCCCGUCGUCGCUCAAGAUGCGCCACGGCAGCGGCACGUCGUUCGGUCGGCCGGUGUGCCGUUCCGCGAAUGUGGACUGCGCGUCCGAUUUGCCGAUGUGGUGGAAUACGUUGCGGCAGCUGCCGGGGCUGAGGUUGCGGCCGUAGCGCGUGCCGUCGCAUUGGAUGCGGAGGACGUUGGAGGUGGUGUUGCUGGGUGGGUGGGUGAUGUUGCUGGGGAGGAGUGGGGGAGAGAGUGUUUGUGGGAGUGGCGGGGCAUUGUUGAAAGGGAUUGA